AUGGCUGCGGUUGUUCCGCAGACGGGCUCCCAAUCGGUGUCAUCCGCGUUAACCUCGUCAUCGUCGACCGGGAAGACCAUCACGUUUGCCGACAGCUCAUUCCUCCCUGGUCCGAACUCAUCGUCGACAAUUGUUCCGAACUCUCGAGCGAUUGCUCAUCUCACCCGUGAUGUUCUUCAAUCGGUUAUGGUCCAGCCGACCCCUUCACCAUCGUCUACAUCCACUCCUGACCCAGUUGCCAAUCUAAAGCGGAAACAGCCGUCGACCUCAUCUCUUAAUACCCGUUUUGGCUCGUUUCCUCAUCCUUCUCUUCUAGUUCCUGCUGGAAGUCAAGUACGGAGUGCCUCUGGUACCGGGUUCAUUCACAUCCUCCGACCGACACCCGAACUAUGGACAUUGAGCUUACCUCACCGGACCCAAGUCGUUUAUACACCUGACUCGUCAUAUAUACUACAUAGACUACGAGUACGUCCUGGGAGCCGUAUAAUAGAAGCUGGUGCCGGUAGUGGCAGUUUUACACAUGCAUCGGCUAGAGCGGUUUACAACGGUAUUCACGAGAACCCAGUCACUCAAAGUGUACCAACGGAGCAGACGGAUGGAGUCACAAAGGGAGGUGAUGAAGGAACCAAUACUACAUCAGACUCCGUGCCUUCGGAUGGGAGUACCCAAAUUCCUGCCACUUUGACCGAUUCACAGGGUCGCGUGCUCUCAUUUGAGUUUCACGCCGAUAGAGCUUCGAUACUACGCCACGAACUUCGUCAACAUGGUCUCCAUCAGAUAGUCACCGUUACAAACCGAGAUGUUUGCGCCUCUGGAUUCUCCCUUCCUGAGCCCGAAUUGGAAAUUGGGGGUAAUACAUACGCUACAGCAGUUUUUCUAGAUCUGCCGGCACCCUGGCUGGCGAUACCACAUCUGACUAGGGAGAACGGAAGCCUUUCGCAAACGAAGGCUGUGAGGAUAUGUUGCUUCAGCCCUUGUUUGGAGCAGGCACUCAGGACAAUCGCGGUACUAAGAGAGCAGGAUUGGGUCGAAGAGGACUUGGUGGAAGUUGCACAUAAGCGAUUGGAGGUUAGAAGAAUGGGCCCGAAUGGAAGAGAGAUUGGAGCAAAAUCCCGAUCGCAAGGCGAUGAUGAGAUUAAAGUUGCCAGCGUUGAGGACUCUGUCAGCAAACUCAAGAAACAGCUAUGGCAUCGUAAGGCGAAGCAAGCGAGACAGAGGGAGAGAUUGGCGAAGAGGCGAAAGUUGGACGAAGAUGGGAAUGAAGAGGUCCAGGACGAUGAUAGUGAUGUCGAUAUGGACGCUAAUGAUGACGAGGAUGUCGAAGAAGCUCCUGAGACCGCGGAGGAAGAAGGUGGGAACGGCAGGCUACAUCUAUUCAAUCAAGGUCGCGUGCUAGUAAGGACAGAACCGGAAUUGAAAACUCAUACUUCAUACCUGGUCUUCGCCGUUCUUCCGCUGCCCUGGACAGAAGAGGACGAAAUCGCAGCGAAAGCGAAAUACACCCUACCACCACGACCUGCCCCCCAAGUUAACCCGAGGACGGGCAAGGAUUACACAAGUGGAGGCAAGGCCCCAAAACCGACAACUGAUGGGAAGUUAAGCAAGACUCAAGAAAAGAAACUUAGAAAGGCCCAAGAAAAGGCCGCCAAGUUAGCAUCGGAGUCGAAUCAGACGCCGAAGACGGAAGGAACAGAUGCCUAA